GCCUGCAUCAAGAACUUGGGGAUUGGGGAAUGGGCACGGUGAAGGUGUCUGUGGGUGCUGCCAGCAUCCAGGUGGUGAGGGGAGGGAACGCGCUUCUGCCUUGCACCUUCCACACCACGGCCUCGCUGAGUCGCCUCAACAUCAUCUGGACAGUCACCCCGCUGGCGGAGCCGGACCACCCCCAGCAGGUGCUGGCCUAUGAGCAGGGAGAGGUGGUGGAGAGCCUGUCCCAGUACACGGGCCGCGUGGGCUUUGCCUUCUCGCCCACCCAGAGCGCCACCAUCUUCCUCAACAAGACACGCAGCUCGGACAGCGGGACAUACCAGUGCAGCGUCAUGAACCCGCCCGACAGGGACAUGCCCAACAUCGGGGUCAUUCAGCUCACCGUGCUUGUGCCCCCCUCCAGCCCUGAGUGCUCCAGCGAGGGGAGCGGAGAGGAAGGGGGGGACAUCCGCCUGUCCUGCGGGGUGCGGGAAGGCGUGCCGGCCCCCACCUUCACCUGGGAGAAGAUCCCCCCUGACAAGCAGCCCCUGGUGACCAGCUACACAGGCGGGUCAGAGACGCGGCGGGCCCUGCUGACCCUGCAGAACCUGACGGCCGCCACCUCCGGCCUCUACCGCUGCACGGCCGCCAACGCCCUGGGAUCCGGCUCCUGCUCCCUCCAGCUGCGCGUGCACCUGGCCCCACAGGACAAGCUGGGCAUCGUGGUGGGCGUCACCGUCACACUGAGCAUGGGGCUGGUGCUGCUGGCGCUCCUGGCCCUGGUACUGUGGUUGCACCAUCAGAGUGCAGGGAAGUGGACGGAGGAGGAAGUGGAGGAUUCUUACAAUGAGAUCAGAGUCGACAGCCUCUCCCCGAGGCGGCUGAUCGUGGCCAAGAGCCUCUCCAGCGACAUCCCUACGGCCAGCCCGGCAGCAAAGCCCCUCUGGGUCUUCAGCAGCUCCACCCCCAACACCCGCUACGCCGAGCGCCAGCGCGGGCUGGGCGACGGGCGCCAGGCAGCACCGCCCAGGGGGCCAGCAUGGGCCGCAUCCCGGGGCAGGAGCAGCAGCAGCAGCAGCAGUGGCAGCAGCCACCUGUCUGAGGAGGGGGCCCGGCCUGGCAGUGAGGCAGAGGAGCCAGCCUGGCGGCCUUCAGACCACUCAGAGUCAGCCCCAGCCCAGGCGCUUCCCCCCAAGCUCCCCGGAUUCCUGGUGUAGGAGCAGCGGCCCAAAGGGCCCAGAUCUUGGGGCUGAUGCCAGUGGCCGGGUUUCCCUGGGCAGGCCCUUCUCUGGCACAUGCUGCUCCCACCUGCCUGGCUGCAGUGGGUGUCCGAGGAGAGCUCUGGGCAGCCCCACCACCUCCCACCCCAGCCAGCCCCACGUCCCAGGGGAUCAGACCCCAGACCCUUUCCUUGGGAAAGUCCCUGUGCUAGGUAGCCCCUCUUCCGGGGAGGCAGCUGGCCAGCCUGCAGCCCCAGAGGCCAUUCAGCUGUCUGCACUGGAGGCCUCUGCCCAGUGCCCAAGCCACAUCCAGACUGGGCAAAGGAAGUGCUGCCCCUCCUAGCUUCAGGAGCCCCCCCCCAAUUCGCCCAGGCUGGUGUCCCUCCAUGCCACUUGCUGCCACCAAUGUUCCCUCUAAUGUUUUCAUCUGUGUGCAGACUUUUCCCAGCCACGUGUGGAAUAUUUUUUUACAUGCACCGAGGGAGGUAUGAAUGUGCACCACCAGUAGAAAUACAAAAGCCAGUUGUGGGCACCUGCUCAUCAGCUGGGCAGCAUUUGAAUUUCUCCUGAGCGGCUGCACAAGCGCCCAGCUUCCAGGGGACACUGGCAUUGCAGGGCAGGCCUACCACCGAGCAUUUCCUUCACCAGCUCGGAUGGAAGCAGCAAUCGCACUUGCAAAGGGCGCAUGCCCUGCGCUGUGGCCCCCUCCCUUUGCCCAUGGGUCAAUGCCCAGCCCCGGCUCAGCCCCUGCCUCCCAGACACAGCCUCUGCGGAGCAGCACCCCCUGCUGCCGAGGGGCAGUUCCCAAGGCCUGGCAGCACCAACAUGUGAGCUAAGGAAGGGGAUGGGCUGGAGCCAGCAGGGUGGGAGCUGUUUGGGUUCGGCGCAUCCCGCCAGGGCUCCUUGCAUGGCAAAAAGCUGGGAGAUGCUCAGGGGAUUCGGGGCUGAACGAGGCCUCUUGGAGAGGCCAGAUUCUCCCUGGGUCAGGGGCCUGGAAACCUGCCCCUUUGCGGGGUUUCAAGCUGGGCCCCUCCCAUUUUUUAAAAACUCACCUGCCCCCCCGCCUAGGCAGCACCAACACUGGGCACUAGGCCGGGCAGGAGACAGGACCCUGAGGCCGAAGGAAAAGGAAGGCGUUUGCCCGGGGGCCAGGGGAGACAAGAGGCCGCUGGGAUCCCUGAUGCUCAGGAGGCAAACGCCUCUGAAGCCAGCGGGGUUGAGGGGCUGAAGGAUGGUUUUUGGUCCCACCCUCCAGGGAUGGAGCGAGGACCAGCCCUUGCUUCUGCGACACCUGUGGCUGCUGCCUGGUUCCCCCGGGGGCAGGAGCUUUCCCAGGCCCCUGGGAGAUUUGUCUCCGCUCCAAGACCGAGUUUCCCCUGGCUAAAGGCCUAGCCCAGCCCGAGACUUGGAGGCUGUCUGCCCGGGGGCUACACCCCCGCUGGCUGGCAGGGGCAACGCCCAGCCUGUGCUGAUGGGAGGGGGACACAGGCACCGGUGAGGUCCCAUGUAACUAACCCAGAAUCAGGCACUAACCCUGCAUGGCAGCAGUAGGCCCUGAGUCCAUGAGCACAUGCCCAGAGCCACCAGCUGCCCUGCAGGACAGUGCCAAGGAGAUGCAGCAAUGCCCCCCCUCCCUCACACACAGUGGCCUUCCCCAGAGUGGAAAUGUGGGUGUGCCCCAACUUUCAAUAACUGUUAGCUUCCCCCAAGCCCCGCCCUCUUCCUGGCCCUGCUGCCCUCGGCCACCGCUGCACCUGCCCAGCUGGGGCGGCUCGGCCGCGGCACAGCAGAGCUUUCAGACAGGUGGGUCCCUCACUCCGUCCUGGAUUUCCCGUGCCCACGCUGCAGCACCACCCCCUUGCUUGGCUUUGAUGGGCCUGGAUGCUACAUGGGUAGGCCGCAGCCCACCCUGGCUAUACCCCUGCCCCCAGGGCCGGAUUAACUCUUCUGGGGGCAUGGGGCUAUUAGAUUUGGUGGGGACCCCUAGGUGGGACCAAAAUGAGGGGUUCACAGUGGGGAUUGGGGGCUUAGGUCUCCAACUGGGAGUGCAGGCUCUGGGGUGGGGCUGGGGAGGUGUUUGGGGUGGAGCCAGGGCUCCAGGUGCCAAGGGUUUCGGAGUGCAGGAGGGGGCUCAGGGCAGCAGGA